AGAAGAAGUGAAGCCAGUUCGUCAGUUCAGUCGACUUGUCCGGGUACCUCCGUAGUCAGUCACAAUCAGUCACGAAGGGCAGGAGAGGAGCCGCUCUUUUGCAAAACACUCCUCGUUUAAUUUGAUAUUUUUGUGUGUGUACGAAUACAACGCAUACAUCCGCCAUCGUCGUGCAAAUAAUUGUCCUUAGGAGAGCGAGAGGACCGCGAGAAAGGCCGAGAAGUCGCGACGAGGACUUGUGAGACUUGCACAAACAAUCCUUCCUCUUCCUCCUCCUCUUCUCUUUUAUUCUUAUUAUUUGCUGCGAGAGAGACAAAGAAACGCCGCCGGAGGAACCAUGAGCUUUCUGUUCGGAAGAAGCUCGUCCAAGACGUUCAAGCCUAAGAAAAACAUCCCGGAGGGCUCGCACCAGUAUGAGCUGUUGAAACACGCCGAGGCCACGCUAGGGAGCGGCAACCUGCGCAUGGCCGUCAUGUUGCCCGAGGGCGAAGACCUCAACGAGUGGGUCGCUGUCAACACUGUGGACUUCUUCAACCAGAUCAACAUGCUGUACGGAACCAUCACAGACUUUUGCACGGAGGAGAGCUGCCCUGUCAUGUCUGCCGGCCCCAAGUACGAGUAUCACUGGGCGGACGGCACCAACAUUAAGAAGCCCAUCAAGUGCUCGGCGCCCAAGUACAUCGAUUACUUGAUGACCUGGGUGCAGGACCAGCUGGACGACGAAACGCUUUUCCCUUCCAAGAUCGGCGUCCCGUUCAAGCGGAACUUCAUGUCGGUGGCCAAGACCAUCCUGAAGCGUUUGUUCCGCGUCUACGCGCACAUCUACCACCAGCACUUUGACUCGGUCAUGCAGCUGCAGGAGGAGGCCCACCUCAACACCUCCUUCAAACACUUCAUCUUCUUUGUGCAGGAGUUCAACCUGAUCGACAGGAAAGAGCUGGCGCCGCUUCAGGAGCUGAUCGAGAAGCUGACCACGAAGGACAGAUAAACGCCGUCGUCCUUUUUAUCUUUGAAAAGAUCUUCUAGUUUUGCACUGACACCCUCCUCCCUCCCCCCUUCCUCCCCCUCAACUCCCCUCGGCUGUACGUAUGCAGUAUAAACUAUAUUUCCAUUUGGGGAAAUGUUUUUAAAUGAGGCCCGGGCACGGCGGAACGGGUCCGGAUGGGUUUUAAACGCGCCGGGACUCCAUCUUAUCAGGAGAGCGGAGUGAAGAGAGACACCGCUCGCUUCGUGCCACGCUUGUUGGUUUGCGGCGUACAAAAAUAGUGCCGAGACGCCAAUCCCUGAGCAGAAAGUAUUCCACUAUUUUCUCUAUUUGCUGCUUUUCUCCGCUAGUAGGAAACGCAUCCCAAGUGCCUGGUCCGGCAACCGCGGCGAGACCUGCGCCCAGGUCCAGAUCCACGCAAAACAUCUGACAAACAUUCGACACUCUGAAUCCGCGCUCACCUCUGGUGGCUGGAUUUAAUCAAGUAAAACUACAUUGCAUGAGCCGUUUUAAAUUCCUGCAUCGGAGGCAUUAACGGUAGAAAUAGGAUCGAUUCGCCUGUGCCUUUUCGGACACGACCCGCCCCAAUGUCGGCAGACGUCAUUUACAAUUAAGUAAACCUAAAGAAGAAAACGGUAUACUAUAAAAAAAAAAUAAUAAUAAUAAUUUUCCAGAAUGAUGGCUUGAAAUUGUGCAGUUAAAGUGGAGGCAGGAACAACGAAGGGCAAAAUAGCGCGGCUUCACUGCACCUCCCUCUGUGGAAGGUUGUCCCCCCCCCCCCCCCCCCGACUUUUUGCCUGAAUGUCUACGCUGCGUUCACUCAUCGUCUUUUUUCCUUCCCCCAAACUGAAUGUUUGCCUGUUCUGCUCAUGAGGCACAACUGAGAUAUUUGCUGUUUAGUUUUGCAUGCGCAUCUCCUGCUCUCAAAAGUGUUACUAUGCAAAAAGAAUUGAGGCGUCAAAAAAACAAA